GUCUUUGAACCAAGCACUUCCAUGAGUGUAACACUUGUUGACCAUCCCCAGUUCACGAACGGAUUGCAGAGUUCACGGUCGUUAAGACCGUGAACUGGCAAACGCGUCCAUGAACUGCUAGCCUGAACAUCGACUUUCCACUUCACGACCCAAAAUUCGCCGAAAAGUCAAAUCUCAUCGGAAAACCGCGAAAUUCCGAUGAUUUUUGGCCAUUUCCCCCAUUUCUGGUGAGGAAAACCCUAAACCAAGCACAUACCCAUUCCCCCCUCAUCAAAAGUAGCCUUCGCCGACAUUUUGGGGAGAUUUGGAGCACAUUUUUCCGGCGAAGUCGCCGCUGGCGAGCCAUAGGCGAGCUUCUGACGAGGCUCCGACGACCCUUCUCCGGUCUGUUUUUUUGUCGAUUUUCACUGUCCUCGCCCUCAUUUCACUUCUUCCUUCAUCCCACUUGAGUCUCCAGGUUGGUUUUCAGCUGUAUCUUAUUAAUUUUGGGAGAAUCGGAUUAGGUAGUGAAGUGAGGAAAAUUUUAGUGAAUUGAAUGUUGAACUUAGAAUUAGGGAGAUGAAUUAGGUCAAUUAGGGUGAUUGAAUGAUUGAAUGAUGUUGCUUGCGCUUAUCUGAGCCUUGGUGGGCAUGUUUUAAUUCGAAUUGCUUGUAUUUGCGAAAUUUUCCCACCAAGUGCUAAUUGUUGAGCGAUGAGAAAUGUUUUAUUAAGUGGUGGUUGGUAGCCACAGUGGCAUGGUUCAGGUUUGAUUUUUAUGUGAGAUAAUGUGUGACCACCUAGAACCGUGUUGCGGUGUGCUUAAGCUUAAUUUUUUUGAUUAGCAUGGAACCGUACUGUAAAUUUAAGUGUGGGGGAAUUCUUUUUCCUCCCAAUGAGCUGUGAUUGACGUUUUUUUGCACGUAUGGUGCAUGGUUGUUGAUUUUGUAGGAUGUUGAACGUGGAGCACGAGUUCAUCAGUUACCCGGUGAACCACGCCCGGUUCGGAGAUAAGUUCACUUACCAACGGGAGAGCCCGAUUGGGCACCAUUGGCGGCUGAACCUGUAUAUGUUUAACACAUUCAGGCGCGGAGCCGCAAUGUCAGCGGUCGUCUAUCACCCCAGUGGCGCCUGGUGCUCUCGAUUGAAGAAAUCAUCUACCACGAGGUCUGCGUCGAGUUCUACUCCACGUUUGCCCACGUAGUCCUGACUGGCAAGAAGAUUCGGCCAUAUGUGGAGUUCAUGCUGGGAAGUUAGCCUCGAGUGCUGACCUAUGAUGCCUUCGCCCUGGCAUGCGGUUGGACUCGACGUACAUGACAAUGAUGAAGCGACACUACACAACCGACUUCCACUAUCAGGCCACAUUCAGGGCCCUUAGUCGUCCAGAGCAUGAGCACGAGGAGUACGAGGCGAGCCGCACCAAUGUGUUGAAGCUGAGGACCCCUUGGAGGAUCAUGCAUACCCUGCUCACCCACUUAGUCGUCCCCAGCCUGCUGUGGGGACAUCUGAUCACGAACUGAACGUUGCUAGCUCUCUUCUCCAUGAGGCAUCCAGUAGAGCCGAUCCACCUGGGAUCACUGAUCACCACCUCUUUCGCCCGAUGUUGGGGCGAAACAGGCUGGACACCAUGCAAAUGGGGGGCAUCAUCACGAGGCUGGCCCGCCACUUUUAGUUGGAUCUGGAGCGAUGCUCCAUCGUGGGACGGACAAAGUCGUUCCUAGUGGCGGCUCUCUACAAAUAGAAGCUAGUGCUUCAAGGAGAUUAGAGAGUGGAAUACCUUGAGGGGCUCCAACCCUUAGAAGUCAUGAGACCAGUGGUUGACCCGGCUCUAGUGGAGCCAGAUGCAGAGGUACCACCUCCAGAGGAGCCACGUGCUCGAGCUCCAAGCCGGCGCCGGCGUUCCGCGCUCCAGCGAUUAGUACCACCACCACCAGCUGGUGAUCCCCUCAUCCAGAGGAUGUAUCGCCCUGAGACCCAGGUCAUGGGAGUGACUUCCGACUCGACCGACAGACCGACCUCCUUGAGCAGAUGGCUCGUUGCCAAGGCCUCAUUCCAGAUGAUGAGCCGGGGCCUUCGACCUAGUGAGAGGUAGCCGAACUGGGAGAUGUGGCAGAGCCGAUUCCUAUCGCCCCACUACUCCACUUGGAACUCUGAACUCUCUUGUUUUAAUUUUCUUUCUUUAUUUUGUAUGUGUGUGACAAACCGUUAAUUGCACAUGUUUUUACCCCUAUUCUGGAGCUGUUUGAGGUGUUGAUUCUCGUGUUUUAGGCUGAUUUCACGCUAGGUUGUGCUUGUUUGUGAUAUUUCAGGUCCUAGUAAGUGAAUGAAGGCUUGGGAGCGAGUUCGGGGUCGAUUGGACGAAGAUCGUGCGUGAGGCAAGUCAAUGAGGAAGCCACACGGGCACACAUACAACUCACACGGCCGUGCAAGUGACCAAGGGGGCCGCGUGGGAUUGUGCGAGCCUUCACAUGGGCACAAAUAAAAUCCACACGGCCGUGUGAAGGAGUGAUUUGGCCGUGUGGAAUUCUCUGAGGCUUCACACGCCAGGCUGGGUGAGCUACACGGCCGUGUGCCCCUGGCCGUGUAGGAAGCCUGAAACCCACAUAAUCGGAACGCGGCGUUUUGACCUCACAUGGGCAACUGGGUAUGCCACACGGCCGUGUGGCCUGUCCGUGUGAGUCGGGAAUUUCUGGUUUUUACCCAAUUUCGGGCUGCAAGUGAGAGAAUCGGAUUUUCAGAGCAAAAACAGAGCCCUAGAGAGAGAAAGUACGAAGAACACAUCCUAGAAGCUAUCUUGGAGCUGGGUUUCAUCAAAUGGAGCUUGGAGAUUGUCAUAGGAGUGGAAAUUAUCAUCCCAGAGCAGAUUCUUCCCAUUGAUAUGAGUAUGACUGCUUUGUAUUCUGUUUUCCCCUCUCUCUCUAUGGAGUAGAACCCUUCUCUCACUUGGGUAUGAAGAACCCUAGUUCUAUGUGUUAGGGAUUUGAUUGUAACAACUUGGGAUGAUUAUACUGUUUGGUUUUAAUCGAAUGAUGCAUGUUUAUUGAGUCAAUUGAAGUCUGAUCAGCUUUUCCUGAUUUCUGCUGCAACCUGAGAUAGAUAGAAUCUGAUUAGGUUGUUAGAGCCUCAUCAUUCGGUAGUAGGAGAUUGGCUAUACGGGAGUUAGUCAGUUUACUGCUUUGAGCUGGAAUCCAAUUCCAGUAGUGGAGUUCUGUGCUUAUUGCUUCAGCUUUCUAUCCCGGUGAAGACUAGUCGUCUGCCGGGUAGUUAGACUGAGAGGGCUUGGUCAGCUUAAGAGAUUCCAAGCUACUGUCGGAUCUUCCGCAGUCUAAUCAACAGUAAAUCAACCC